AUGUACAUUGCAGGGCAGAUAGGGCUGGAACCUUCCACUGGGCAGCUUGUCUCUGGAGGGGCAAAGGAGGAAGCCAAGCAGGCUCUAAAAAACAUGGGAGAAAUCCUGAAAGCUGCAGGCUGUGACUAUGGCAAUGUUGUGAAGACUACAGUUUUGAUGGCAGACAUGAAGGACUACAAUGAUAUUAAUGAUGUUUACAAACAAUUUUUCAAGGCAAACUUCCCAGCCAGAGCAGCCUAUCAAGUUGCUGCCUUGCCCAGAGGGGCCAGAGUUGAGAUUGAAGCUAUUGCCAUUAAGGGACCUCUCCAAGAUGCUUCAGCAUGA